AUGGCUGACAUGGACAAGAACUUCAGAGCGUGGCAGCAAACGACGUUCGCGAACAGGAUGGAAUUCCGUGUUAAAAGUCAGCAUCUGCUCAUUCUAUGGAAGUUUUUCACGGGUAUCAAACUGAGGGACGUGAUCUUCAGUGCAAACACUAUCAGUAUGUAUCUGAGUGCACGCUUACAGCAAGCUGAAAGUGCCUCGAGAAGCCAAUCAAGUUCACAGGUGGAGGACAUAGCAGCUCUCUUCUUCCAAGACAUUUUUGGUCACACAUUUAACCCUCCACCCUGUGCAACGUCAUCGUUUUACAUGGGCCACGCUUUCCAGAGUACGACAAUCCGAGUGACGGUCCAUUUGUUCCUGCGCGUAAUGUCGUCUCGAGCCGUUGUCAAACUCCUCCAUGCUGCGCUUCAAGCGGGCAGAGAUGCGACCAGUAAGCAGAAGCUCCAGGAGCUGUUUAUCUCGCUAGUGGUGGAUGUGUACGAUGCGCUUAGCGUCAUAUUUAGCGAAGUGGUACCGACGUCUGAUUUGGAUGUUGAAGCAGGUCCGUCGAUGUCAUUGGCCACACUAGUAGAUGACGCUAUCUCGCUUCUUUACGGCCACAAACGCUUCGCUGGUUUGCAGCCAGAAAUCUUGGGGCUGUUCAAGUGCCAACAAGAUCCGCAACUUUUGACCGACGCUGUGAAUGAAGUUUUCCAUUUUUUUACAGCUCAAGUGCGAGAGACAAUAAUAGCGUCCGAGACAAAACAGUCCUGUAUCGUACAGAGCCUACGUCCUGUUGGCUGUAAUACAACACGCAGUAGUCAAAAUCUACUGCAAAGUGGACAUAAACUCCGUUGGCUGCUCGAGCCUGGGUCCGUACAAGUCCGUGAUGUCUCUGGCCGAGACGUGCUCGGCGACAUUAGAAUUGCUGAAGUCGCUCAAUUUGUCCGCGAGUUUGGGUGUUUUGACGCGGAAAUUGGACAGAGUAACGAGACUUUGUCGAUGGUUUCUGUGUUUUCUUUCUCGAACGAUACACUUGUAUCACCCAUGAAGCUGGUGCUGGAUGGACGCCUUCGGGUCUUCCGUGUCCUCCCCACUGGAGUGUCGUCUAUGAUCGCGACAGUGGGAGGAUGGUCAAUCGGCGACUACAUGGGAUCGUUGGAACACGAUAAACAGGAAGUGGACGUCGACUUCUUCGCGUACAGAGAAAGCAGAUCGCUUCUAUAUUUCAAGUGCUACAUUCGAACUGCUACCAAUAGAUUCAUCGCAAAGAUCACCGGAAAUGUCAUCUUUGCACUACCGGACAAAUAUGAAAAGAAGUUUUAG